GGAGACGUGCUUUUUGAAUUCGAGAUCUCUGCCUUCUCCCCCUUGCCGUGCUGAUGGAGGGCUUGUUGUCAUGGCAACACACGAGUGGCGAGGCUGUGACUCGCAGCCGCGGUCGUAGCGAGGAGUCGCGCCGCACCAGGCUCGGUAAUUGUUAUUUCAAAGAGGGACCCUCGGGGAGCCGGGUGCAGUUUGAAAUAUCAGCAGCGGUUACUCGGGUGAAAUGGCGUGCCACAGAUGAGCUGCGAUGGCUUCUCAGGGGGCCGACGGUGUCAACGGGGCUCUCUCGGAGCUCAGCCAUGGCAGGUGCCUCGCGCACACAGACGUCUGAGCGCGAGUGACAGUGCGGCGACACGAGAGCCCGCGGUGGGAUGGGAAGAGUUGUGUAGGAAGAGGAGCCGAAAGGAGCUGGUGAAUGGCAUGGAAGAAUGCAAACAAAUCUUGGCGCGUCAGAAGUCCAACUCCCAGUCGGAUUCGCACGAUGAUGAAAUCUCCCCACCGCCACCCAACCCAGUGGUCAAAGCCCGGCGUCGCCGAGGUGGUGUCAGUGCCGAGGUGUACACCGAAGAGGACGCCGUCUCCUAUGUGAGGAAGGUGAUACCGAAGGACUACAAGACCAUGACGGCCUUGGCGAAAGCCAUUUCGAAGAAUGUACUUUUCGCACACCUCGAUGACAAUGAAAGAAGUGACAUAUUUGACGCCAUGUUUCCAGUCACACACAUCGCAGGAGAAACCGUCAUUCAGCAGGGCGAUGAAGGAGACAACUUCUACGUCAUUGACCAGGGAGAAGUCGAUGUCUACGUCAACGGAGAGUGGGUGACCAGCAUCGGGGAAGGCGGCAGCUUUGGAGAACUCGCCUUGAUCUACGGGACCCCACGGGCUGCAACUGUCAAGGCCAAGACGGACCUCAAGCUGUGGGGGAUCGACCGGGACAGCUACCGACGCAUCCUGAUGGGAAGCACGCUGAGGAAGAGGAAGAUGUAUGAGGAAUUCCUAAGCAAGGUCUCCAUUUUGGAAUCCCUGGAUAAGUGGGAGCGCCUGACGGUGGCCGAUGCGCUAGAGCCCGUGCAGUUUGAAGACGGGGAGAAGAUUGUGGUGCAGGGAGAGCCGGGAGACGACUUCUUCAUCAUCACUGAGGGCACCGCGUCUGUGCUGCAGCGCCGGUCAGAUAACGAGGAGUACGUGGAGGUCGGCAGACUUGGACCAUCAGACUACUUUGGUGAGAUCGCCUUACUGCUGAACAGACCCCGGGCGGCGACGGUGGUGGCACGGGGCCCCCUGAAGUGCGUGAAGCUGGACCGGCCGCGCUUUGAGCGGGUGCUCGGCCCGUGCUCGGAAAUCCUGAAGAGGAACAUCCAGAGAUACAACAGCUUCAUCUCCCUCACCGUCUAAGGGCGGGUGGGCGCCUGUCGCGCGUGGACGGCUGCCUUCGUGUUAUCUGUGCACUUGACUCUGACUGUGCUGUCGCGUAGCUUUAUGACCAAACGACGUGUGCAUCCUUUGUGCGCUGCUGGUGUGUCGGGAAUGUCCAACGCACUCGAGGCUCGGGGUCUUCGUGACGAGGUGAGCUGCACACGGAUCGCCGCUCGGUAACGUCUGCCAAACCCGCGAUCCGAGGAUGUGCUCUGCUCGGCUUUAGCGCUGCCCACUUCACCCGCCCUGCUUUGUCCCCUCAUAGUUUGUAGCUCCGCCCCACGCGGUUUUCUAUCGGUUUCUGGCACGCUGUCUCGUUUUCACCGUUAGAGAGGGUAGGAGACCACCUGAGAGGCGGACUGGUGUCCUCGGUGGGCAACUCGGCCACUUGCUGUAAGCGUCACGACGCCCUCGACGGCGGGUAAAAGGAUGGAGUCGGACGUGACGGAGAUGCCCUGCACAAUGACAGUUUGGUUUUCAGCUUCCUGUUGCUCAUUUCUGUGUCACUCAUAUUAGAUUUGCCCUUCUUAAAGAAAAUAAAAAUAACUUCCAGUACCCGA